GUGCGAUUUGGAAAGCGAUUCGAAGAUGUUUUUUGACGGUAGAGAGUAUCGACCCCUGCCCCAUCCUCCUGGGGAGGAUGUGGAUAUGCGAAGAUUCGUCAUUCCACAAAAUUUGGAUUAUUUUAAAUUUCGAGGCAGCAAGAUGAAGAAAGGCCUGUUCGAACCCUCGACCGGUGCUUUCGAAGGUUUAGAUGUUUUUGAAAAUAACAUCAAGUCCGCUUAUAGAAAAGCUGUGAUGAAGGUUCUACCAAUCUGUCAGACGGCCUGCCAACGUUUUAACAGUGAGAGAUUGGUCGAAAAUGUGGAGGAUGAAGGAGUAAGCGCGGUUCCUCCACGAAACACCAAAGCGGACGAAGACCCGGCAGAGCACGAAGACUGCGUGCGAGGUAAUCCUGGCCAUUCCAGGGAUAGAAAUACAUUGAAGAAAGUCGGGUCGUUCUUUAAGAGCGUGUGGAAACCGGUUAAGAGAUCCGUGCAGAAGGUGUGUAAAAUGGCCAGAAGUGGAGAAUGAGAGUACGUUCGGUUCGAGUAAUGAUCUCUUGGCUUCCCUCUGUCCAUCGACAAUAAGAUCCCGCUCUGUGAUUUGCCAUAUAUUUGAGCCGUGUUGGCUUUGUAUAUGGUUUUUUCUGCAAACCAUCGAUGACUUCUCCUGAUUUUGACAUUCCGAUUGCAUGAAUGCAAAUUCCGAUUAUGACUUGCCAAUUGUGACUUUGUCCCGGCUGUGUCUCCUUAUUAUUGUCUUUUAGACAAUUACCAUUUGCCCGAAUUGGUCUACACGAAUUUGGACUCUCGAUUUAUGUCUACUUCACGAAUCUGGACUCUCCCGAAUUUUACUCCUCAAUUGUGCCUGUACUCGAAUUGGAAUUUCCCGAACUAUGUCAACCCCAGAUUUGACUGGUGAAUGGUGUCUGCACUCGAAUAUGGACUUUCUCGAAUUACGUCUAUCUCGAAUUUGACUCUAGAAUCCUGUGUAUAUUGGAAUUUAGACUCUUCCGGCUUGUGUCUGCGCUCAAAUUUGACUUCUAAUUUUUUCAU